UCUAUUGUGGUUUUCUCGUGGCUAAUUCUACUCUCCUUACUACACAAUAUUAAGUGUUUUCUUGCCUUUCUCUUGUAUUAUAUCUUUCUUGAGUUACUACAAUGGAGUUAACAAGUGUUCUCAAGUUUCUUGAGAACAGAAACAUUCUUGUUACUGGUGCCACUGGCUUUCUUGCAAAAAUUUUUGUGGAGAAGAUACUCAGAGUACAACCAAAUGUGAAGAAGCUCUAUCUGCUUUUAAGAGCUAAAGAUAACAAGGCAGCUUUGCAGCGUUUCAAUACUGAGGCUGUGGCAAAGAACUUAUUCAAGCUUCUAAGGGAAAAAUACGGGGCAAAUUUGAAUACUUUUAUCAGAGAAAAGGCCACGAUUAUACCUGGUGAUAUCACAUGUGAGAACUUGGGGGUGAAAGACCCUAAUUUGGUGGAGGAAAUGUGGAGAGAAGUAGAUGUUAUUGUUAACAUAGCUGCGACUACCAAUUUUGAUGAAAGAUACGAUGUGGCAUUGGAUCUCAAUACGUUUGGAGCUAUAUUCGUACUCGACUUUGCCAAAAAGUGUAGUAAAUUGAAGGUUCUUCUUCACGUGUCAACUGCGUUUGUAUCUGGGGAGAAGGCAGGGUUGAUAUUGGAGACGCCCUAUAGCAUGGGGGAGACUCUGAACGGUACAUCAGGACUAGAUAUUGAUACAGAGAAGAAAGUUAUGGAGGAAACAUUGAAACAACUCAAAGCUAAGGGUUCUUCUGAACAAUCUAUUACUUCAGCCAUGAAGGAGCUUGGCCUUGAAAGAGCAAGAAAGUAUGGAUGGCCCAAUACCUAUGUAUUCACAAAAGCAAUGGGAGAGAUGCUAUUGGGAAACUUGAAAGAAGACAUACCUCUUGUAAUCCUUCGUCCUACUAUAAUUACUAGUACCUUCCAAGAACCUUUCCCUGGUUGGGUUGAAGGUAUAAGAACUAUUGAUAGUUUAGCAGUUGGAUAUGGUAAAGGAAGACUAACAUGCUUCCUCGGCGACCCUAAAGCCGUUAUUGACGUAAUUCCAGCAGAUAUGGUUGUGAAUGCAAUGAUAGUAAGCAUGAUGGGUCAUGCGGACGAAAGAGGAAGUCAAAUAAUAUACCAGGUCGGAUCGUCAGUGUCAAAUCCUAUAGAUUUCACUAGUCUUCAGGACUAUGGAUUGCGUUACUUCAGAGAGCAUCCAUGGAUUAACAAGGAUGGAAAAACAGUCAUUGUUGGAAAAGUUACUGUUUUGAGUACAAUGGAUAGCUUUCACAGAUAUAUGGCCCUUCAUUACUUGCUUCCUUUGAAGGUAUUAGAAAUAGUGAACACAACACUCUGCCAAUACUUUCAAGGCAAAUGUUUGGAGCUUCACCGGAAAAUCAAUUUUGUGAUGCGGUUGAUAGAUCUUUACGGGCCCUAUUUAUUCUUCAAAGGAAUAUUUGAUGACAUGAACACAGAAAAAUUACGUAGAGAAGCGAAGGAGGCUGGUAUUGAAAUGGACGUGUUCAAUUUUGAUCCCAAGAGCAUCAACUGGGAAGAUUAUUUUAUGAACACUCACGUACCUGGUGUGGUAAAAUAUGUAUUUAAGUGAUUAAAGCAGGGGGAAAAAUUGUUUACCACUUCAAACAAUUUAUGUUUCUACUUUGAUGGUUUAAUUGAUAAGGUGUGAAAGUGUACCACGUCUCCUUUGCUGAUGAUACUUAUCACUUUCAAUUAAAUGUAUCCAUUUUAUA